AUUCUUAACAGAAACGUUACAACAAGCUAUGUAGAGUUUUUACAAGUUGUCCACAAACAUCACAACAGAAUAACGGUGUUUGACCAUAAUCAAAACUUUUCCCACCUAACAGGUUUGCUAUCAAAUGUACUUUGCAUGAAGCUAAGGGUGACAUACCGCCUCAACGCUCAUUUGGGAGGUGGAACUCAGCAGAGCUGGAUCUAUUUGUCCUACUGCUUCGGGGGAAUGAGAGUCAUAAGACCAGGGGAGAAUGGGACAUCUGGACCAGGCUUGCUACAUCCUAAAAAGACGGAGUGGUCAACAGAGAGAGAUUGGUGGUACACCCAGUACAGACAGUUAUCACAUUACCUGGCCCUCCUCUGUUUUCUACUGACCAUGGCCACACUCCUACAGACAUUUUACUUGGUGCAGAUCACCUUGGUCUUCCAAUCCCAGUCCGCCUUGCAGGAGGUCAGACUCAAAGACCUGACUCAGAAGCUGAACACCCUGAACCACUCCUACCUCCUCCUCUUCCACAAGUACCCAGCACUCAACCAGUACUGUCCCAUCACCAAUAGCAGCACCAAUGAGCGUGAGUGCAGGCCGUGCCCAGAGGGAUGGGAGUCUUUUGGGGAGAGAUGCUACCUCUACACCCAUGACAGACUGGAUUGGAUUUCCAGUCAGUACCACUGCCUAUCUGUAGGGGGCAACCUUGCCAUGGUGAAGAGUGAGGAGGAGCAAAUUUUUCUGUGGAAGAGAGCCAAGGUGUUGAGCCAGGGAGACUCCUACUGGAUCGGCUUGAGGAAUGGUAACCCAGGCGGGGCCUGGCACUGGGUGGACGACUCCCCGGUGGAGAAGGGGUUUUGGGACAUAUUUUGGGAUCACGAGCCAGAGAAGGGGGACACCAGGGAACUGUGUGCCCGGCUGUCGCCAGGAGACAGCCACAGGGCCGGUUGGUACGCCACCAUGUGCAAGAACAACCUGAAGAGCAUCUGUGAGAGGACCCAGGGCACCCUGCAGUGACAGACUCUAUCUCAGGAGAGGAGAGAAAGGGGAAGGGAGAGGGGAGUCGGAGUCCGUGCCGUUUGGUUGCAUUAAAUAUCUUUUAACUGUCUUUUGAUGUAUGGUAUUGGUAAUUAUGCAAUGUAUGUACAACUGAAAUACAUAACGAAAUACCUAUGAUUUGUCAUGUUCUCUUGCUGGUGGAUGUGGGGGUUUGCACAUUGAAAAUUAAGUUGCUGUAAAAUUGCUAGCCUAUGUCCAUUUUUGGACUUUUAAAUUAAGAAUAUAAACCCAUUGAUUCUCCAAGUAUUCACACCCCUUGACUUUUUCCAAAUGUUGUUGUGUUACAGCCGGAAAUUCAAAUGGAUUGAAGUGUAGAUGUUUUUGUCACUGGAAUAUACACAAUAAUUUUACAAAUGAUUUAAAAAUGGAAAGCGGAAAUGUCUUCAGUCAAUAAAUAUUCAACCCUUUUGUUAUGGCAAGUUGAAAUAAGGGGUAAAAAAGUGCUUAACAAGUCACAUAAUAAGUUGCAUGGACUCACUCUGUGUGCAAUAAUACUAUAUUUAAAUGACUACAGUAUCUCAUCUCUGUACGCGGCACUCAGUCCCUCAGUCGAGCAGUGAAUUUCAAACACAGAGUCAACCACAAAGACCAGGGAGGUUUUCCAAAGCCUUGCAAAAAAAUUACAGUGCCUUGCGAAAGUAUUCGGCCCCCUUGAACUUUGCAACCUUUUGCCACAUUUCAGGCUUCAAACAUAAAGAUAUAAAACUGUAUUUUUUUUGUGAAGAAUCAACAACAAGUGGGACACAAUCAUGAAGUGG